AUGCCUCCGCAACUAUUACCGGCCUCGGCUGCGGCCUUUGCUCCCCGCGCCGCCUCGGUCAACGUCGUCCUCGGCUCCAAGGUUGAGCCCUGGUUGACACAGACACUGAAGCGCAUCAACAGGGUAAAGCGCCCGCUCAACAGCAUCCCGCAGCACCAGAGGUGUCUGACCGAGACGCUGUCGUCGCCGAAUGCCAUCUGGACACUGGCCUCGCUCAUGUUCACCAAGGUGCCCGACUCGGAGCUCACCAAGGACUCGGACCCCCUGAAGGAGGCCAUAUCAAACUACAAGAUGGUGCACGUAGAGGCUUACAUCGUCCACGUCGACAUGGUCCUGCGCAGCGAGGUGGCUUACAAGCUGACCCCGGACACCAUCGAGGCCCUGAUCGCAUACCACAAGGAGGUCCACUGCCCCAACACCAAGGCGAGCACCUAUGACUGGGCCGAGAAGGAGCAACAGUGCAAAAAGCUGCACGAGGAGUUCAUCCAGGCCAUCAACAAAUACGUUUUCCGCACGCACGUCUCAGCCCUCGAGGGCCUGGAGGAGGAAGGAGCCGGCGAGCUGCUCAACGGGAAGAGUGAAGAUGUCAAGAACGCCAUCUUGGGCCUCAUGAAGCCCCUGCUGCCCCCGCCGCCCAAGAUCAUCGAGGUCGUCCGCCAACCGCCCCUGCUGCCCAGCUCCCCCGUAGGCAUCAGCAUGUGGUCCCAGCCCACCAUCCCGACGUCGCUGCCCGCGCCCGUCGAUUCCUGGAGGGUCCUGCCAUCAAGCCCCGGCGUCGUUGCCACGACGGCCGGCUCGGACAACAUCAUCUGGGCGACCAUGGCCAUGACCGAGUGCCAGCUGCCUUCGCCGACGCCGUCUUUCAGCCAGCCGUUCUCGUCGGCGGGGUACUACUACAGCUCCCCCGUCGUCACCUCGCCCAUCCCGCAGCUUCCUCUGCCGAGCAUGCUUGCGCCCCAGUGCGGCGUCAGCGUCGGCUACGGCGGCUUCGGCUGGGAUAGGUACCAGGAGUACACCACCACCAUGUGA